CACCCGCCUCUCACCGGCACCGGCACCACCAUGAGCGGAGUGGCGGCCGCUGCCGCUCCAGCGCGGCGGCGCGGGCAUGGGACCGGGUCCGGGUCCGGGUCCGGGUCGGGGUCGGGGUCCGGGAGCGGAUCGGCGGGAGUGAGCAAAGCGACUCGGUCCAUGAGUCACAAGGACCUGAAAAAACUACAGGAGGAGACAGAGCUGAGUGUGAGCAACUGGCUCAGUUGUCACAAGCUCCAGGAGUCCUUGUUGAGCUCAGCGAGUGGAUACAGCAACUACAGAGGAAUUCUCAAUUGGUGUGUGGUCAUGCUGAUCUUGAGCAAUGCUCGCCUUUUCCUAGAGAACCUUAUUAAAUAUGGUAUAUUGGUGGAUCCAAUUCAAGUUGUCUCACUGUUCCUGAAGAAUCCGUACAGUUGGCCUGCCUUGUGUCUUAUAAUUGUCUCGAAUGCUUUUGUAAUUGUGACACUGCAAAUUGAAAGGAAAAUGGCUCUGGGUGUUCUGUCUGAGAAUUUUGGGCUGGUCUUGCACACAGUUAACCUGAUCACCAUUCUCUCCUUCCCUGUAGCAGUGGUAUUAACAGUCAAUUCAAUAACUCCAGUUGGUGCUGUAAUGGCACUGAUGUGCUACACCAUCCAGUUCCUCAAGCUCUACUCAUACAAGGACGUAAACAAAUGGAGCAGAGAACUGCGCAGAGCCAAAGUGAAAACGCUGUCGAGAUCUCAGUCAGCUCCCGGUUUGAAAGAGAACGGAGAAGCGGUGCAAACAGUGGUCGUGUAUCCAGGAAACCUGACGUACAAAGACAUGUAUUACUUCCUAUUAGCCCCCACCCUCUGCUAUGAGCUAAAUUUUCCCCGGUCAUCUCGGAUCCGCAAGCGGUUCCUGCUGAGGAGAAUGUUUGAAAUGCUUUUCCUCAUCCAGUUACAAGUGGGGUUGAUUCAGCAGUGGAUGGUACCAGCUAUACAGAAUUCCAUGAAGCCAUUCAAAGAUAUGGACUAUUCCAGGAUGAUAGAGCGCCUACUGAAGCUUGCAGUUCCCAACCACCUGAUCUGGCUGAUCUUCUUCUAUUGGUUCUUCCAUUCCUCCAUGAACGUUUUAGCUGAACUGAUGAAGUUUGGAGAUCGCGAGUUCUACAGGGACUGGUGGAAUUCAGAGACUGUGACAUACUUUUGGAAGAACUGGAACAUUCCCGUGCACAAGUGGUGUAGCAGACACUUCUAUAAGCCCAUGUUGAAGAGAGGAGUGAACAAGAGAAUGGCCCAGACGGCUGUUUUCUUCACAUCAGCUUUCUUUCAUGAGUACUUGGUCAGUAUCCCUCUGAAGAUGUUCCGUCUGUGGGCGUUCAUGGGGAUGAUGGCUCAGGUUCCACUGGCUUGGUUAGUUGGGAAGUUUCUGAGUGGGAAUUACAGCAAUGCAGCAGUGUGGUUGUCCCUGAUCAUUGGGCAGCCGAUUGCAGUGCUGAUGUAUGUGCACGAUUAUUAUAUCCUGAACUAUGAGGGACCUCAGUGAUUGCAGGAAACUCACAACAACCACAGGACUGAGUAGAUGAGCAAAGGACUGCGAUGAUGCCUUCUUCGUUUAUUUUUAUAAUUGCUGGAAAUUUCUUGGAGAGGAAUUAUUUCUUUUUGUUUUGAUGAGGUGGAGGAAAUGUUUGUGGAACACAAGCGCGCCAUCCCUUUAAUUAUUCCAUUUGCAGCCAGUGCACUCACAUGUGCAUUUACUCAGCUCCCACUGAGCAGUGGGAAAUAUGGGACCUCAGUCACUGAAUAUUGCAAAUGGGGCCCAGAGGGCUGAAACUGAUGAGUGGAUGAUAGGGAGGAUUGGGGGAGGGGGUUGCGGGAUGGAGUAGAAUUUCAACUCGCAGCAAGCCAGCCACUAAGUAUGAGGGGCAUGACUUGUGCCAUCCAUAAAAGGUGCGAGUGUUAACUGUCCAUCGGAGGAAGGUGGGGUUUUGUCCGUCUGCAGUGUUUGAUCCUCAAACAAGGCAAAUGUAAUAUUUAAUUCCCCUCUUCUCCCUUCCCCAUCCUCCUCGUUCAGAAGUAGGAGAUUAAAUCACAGAGUUGACUGUUGUUUUUCACUGUUAAAUCACAUAGCUGCUGCUGCUGGGUGUUUUGUUUGAUGAGAUGUCUGAAGGUAUUAACAUUGAACUCCUUUGGCUAGAGAUGGUGCAUGUUGCUGAGCCAGUGAGAGAGGGUAUAGAGGACCUUGGAGAAAAACAUUUUUUUUUCACCUUCACAAAGUUUGAAUUUCUUGGUUUCUGUCCCUUUGGAAAGCUGGUGUGCUUGCCCCUCUGUCCUGAAAGGAAUAUUCCUGGUGACAGGUUAGAUUUCAGAUAGCUGUGUUCCGGAAUGGGGUCCCAAGAGUUAAUAAGCCCAAUGUAGAAUUUCUCCAUUUUCUUUUUGAUUGAAGUCAGCCCUCUGGAUAACCUGCCCCAUGUGAUUGGGUGUAGAACAUUUAUCCAAAAAUAAAAUGUCUGCUGACUACUGAGUUAACGCGGGUGAGGUUCCUUCCUUGCCUCCCCAACUUUACAUCCCCCACUGCCCUGAAUGGAUAAACUACUCGUUUGUUUGGGCGGGGGUGAUGUAAACUAUGUUGCAAAGGACAGUGCUGGUCCCCUUUGAGUUAAAGCUUUAAGGGCCGAUACAGGGAGCAGAUGCAGUUCACAGAGAUGUCUGUACUGCUGCUGACACAGGGCUCGGUGCAGGUGAAGGGACUAUCGGACGGGGCAGCCUGGGUGGAAAGAGUGGCUUGUCAACACGACUGUCUAGCUGGAGGAUCUCCAUCCAGUUCAACUGGUUUGCAGGGUGGUCAACAAGAUCAUAACCUGAUUGGGAAACAGCCAUAUUUUAACCCACUGAGCAAAGCUGAAUAAAAUGUGUUCCACAGACACGCUUCAGGGAUGUAUUAGUGAUGUCUCUGCUUAUUGGGUGGAGGGGGAGGAGUCAUUUAUAUUUUUAUUAAUAUUUUUCUCUGAAGCCAAUCUUGUUUUAGCCCCUUGUGACAGAGUUUGCUGCUUUACACCUCAUUUGCACAACCACACAAUGUAUUUGGUAAGAAGUUGUAUAAACCUGGUGUCAUCUGCUUGCCGUUGAUGCUGAGAAUCAGUCUGCAGGCUGGGCCAGCAGAGGCUCUCGACACCAGUUCAGUCCCAGUUGAAAUUCAGCGGUUAGAUAUACAAAGCUUUUUUUUUUUACCCUUGGUGGUGGAGAAGCUUUCAUUUCCCCUCGUGCCAAACAAAAGGGUAGUGUGUUAACAUUAAAUAGUGCAAAAAGGAAUUUAAUUCAAAGUCGUCAACAAGAGCAGGUGCUCUCUGAGGGACGGCUAUUAUUAUAAACCUACAGGUGAAUUAAUGAAUUAAUUGUGUGCAGAAUUCAGAAGUGAUUCAAAACUUGUGCGAGAGCUGAAUGAACAAACUUUACCUGAGCCAGGUCACCAGCAAUCCAUUUACACCAAGGAGUUGCCACCCAGGAAGUUUUCAGAUACACUUCCCCAGUGGACAAGGCUCCCAAACCUUAAACAUCAAGGUAUGGAGGAGAGGAUAUUUAAACGUCAAGACAUGAGGCAGAGGGAAGAGAGUUUAUCUCGCCUUCAGAAAAUAACCGUAAUUUCUAAUUAUGAUGAUACAACUUAAGGACAUCCCUUUGCCAUCGAACACGCAUUUGAUGUGAAGGUUAGGAAGUAGCUUUUAUUCAUAGCAAACUUUUGUCCAUCCAAUUUGUAAAGGGUGGGGAGGGGGUGGAAACAAGUUAUAUUUCUAUAAGUGUAUGUUUUUUUUUAAAAGACACACAGUAGUGCCCGUGUUCUCACCUGCUCCAGGUGAGUGUCUCCAACCCUUGUACCCUGCUUUUGUGCAGUCUGCCCACCUGUGACAAGGCUGAACUCUCCAAUAUAACCAGUGAGGCCACUGAAUGAUCUGUCUCAGGGUUGGGAGGGGGGGAUUUUACAGAAUGGCCUCGCAGGAAGGAGUCUUGGCCUGGCAGCUCUUCAUGUAGUCUUGUUAAUACGGUUAAAAAAAAUAAAAAGUUGAAUGGGUGAGGACUUCAAAUUAUAAAAUACUCCACUGCUCUGUAUAAUCCCCUGUAAGAGCUACGCUCCAAUUAUCCAUUUCCAGUCACCCACCAUGUGUGUACAUACAGCGGAUGUAAGUUUCACCAUCUUACAAUAUUCUUAAGUGUUGGAGAAGGUGGGUCAUUAGAAAACCCAAUUCUUUUAAAUGCGUUUGUGCCUUAAGGGGGCUAAAACCAGACUGAAGGAGAGACAAUCCUCCCCAGCUUCUUGUUUUUCACUAAGUGCCUGACUGAUUUUGUAACUUCUUGUAAAUCUGUUUCCUGUUUUUUUUACUGCAAGUUAAGAAAACUGCAUCAGCAAUGCAAUCUUUGGAGUAUUAUCUUCAGACAGAUAAGUCCAACUUUCAGUCUCUAAUGUGUUCCCCAAGUGGGUCAGUAAUCAUCUGUCUAAAUGUUAAAUAUCAAGUGAGUGUGGAGAAGAGGGGCUCAUUUAUUAAAAAUGGGGAGCGAGUUGUGGGGAUGGGGUCAGGAGGAGGGGGUUGCGGUGGGCAGAUAAUUGUGACAGACGCCUUUACUAAUGGGAUCUGUAUAAGGGUAGCUAGUUCCUGUUUUGGAUCUGUAUGGUCACCAAUGCUGAAUACAAGUCACAAGUGAAGCCAGCGAGCUUUCAGCUCUACACCAGACAGGUCUAGUGCGCAUUUAAUAGGUGGCAGCAUCAGGGACACACUAACUUGGACUCUCAAAUAUUGUAACCUUCUGUUCCUGUUAAAUGGGUCUAAAUUGUGUUUUCCAAGGAGAAAGUUGUGAGAACUAUCAAAUCUACUAUAGACCAUCCAUGAUCCUGAGAGUAAGACUCCUAUCCUUUCUGUACAACACCCUCCCCACAAUUGGGCUGCCGUGUUUUCAUUUUAUGCAGUGCCCCUGUCUCUUUUGUACCCUUAUUUGUUGCUGGCAUUCUGCCCCUGGAAACAAAACAGGCAGAUUAAUUGGGAUAAAGAAGUGGUGGGAAGCACUAUUUCUACAUCUGCCAUCUCCUGCUUCAGUGAACCUUGACUUUCCUUUGUGUGUCCUGGUGUCCAGUCUGCAUUCAGCUGGUGAGGGUGGGGCAGGGAGAGGGUGUCAGGUGGAAGAGGUUCCAGACGAGGAUCAUACUGUCCACUUUGAGGUGCCUGUGCUAAUUUUUGACAUUUGAAUAUAUAGCUGGGCAGAGAUCUUUUUUCUAGUAAAUGCACUGCCUCCAUCUGACAUUGGGCUGAGCAAAAGGUGGGCUGUAUAACUCCCAACAAGAGGACUUAUUGCUUACAUCUGGUGCAUUUUAUUGGACUAGAGUUCUUAACAACCUCAUUCCCUCCCUCCAUGCCCCACCCUUCCCUUUUCUCUGUGUUAGGAAUAAUUUGGAACUCCUGAGCUACUAUAACCUGCCUGACCGUAUAAUUAGAAGUGCCUUGUUUAAUACACUGUAUAUUAUGCAAGCUGAUUUGACUCAAUAGUUGAGUCACUAAGCUCUGUUGGAUGAAAGUUAAUUACUGUUGAAUACUAAUCAUGGACUCUAACCACCUCCCUUCACCGGCUUUCUUAAAGCCCUCUCAAUCAAGAUGACUGCCUUUUGCUUUUAAGGAACAAAUUUCCAAAAAUUGUUUACCAAACAGUAUAUUAGGUCGUGAUUUCACAGUCAACAGCCCUCAAUAAGGGAAAGGAACUUUUACCACCUUAUCCAAGAAGAAUAAAAUCUAUAUCCAUGUGCCUUAACUGGUGUGUCCCAGUCUCUCCUUCAGAGAAAUAGCUGAGCUUUGACUGGGGUGUGUCUGUUUCUCCUUCGUUCCCAUCUUUUAUACUGCUCAGCUGUAACCUGGAAUCAGACGUUUAUCCAGCACUUUCCACUUGCUGAAGCCCUUCGCUGAUUUCAUUGAGUUACAGCUGCUGCAUUGAAGAGGUCGGUGAUGUCUCAUGUUUGUUAUACAGUUUUAUGUAUGUAGAUGCCUGAUACUGUAAUGAUUUCAUGCUUCUUGUGCCAUGUCUUUAGGGAGUUAUUUGAAACUGUACUUUAAUCAUGGAAAUUAAACAAAUUAAAAGAGAUCAUGGAUUAAAAAGGGAAACCAAGGCCAACACAAGGUCUGGCCAGGCUAGGAAAUGGGUAUUCUUCAGGCAGCACUUGUAAUAAGCGUGGUUUUUAAUAAAACAAUCAUUUUAAACAA